AUGAAAGGACGCGAAUUUUACUGUGUAAUUAUAAAAAAAAAAUUACCACCGGAAGGUUCGCCAUAGCCCAUACAGCAUCGAAAAGGAAACGGAAAGAUACAGGGGCAUUCCAUGGCUAUCAAAGGACAGUAAGAGAAAUAAACUGACAAAAAAUAUAAUUUAAUUUAUAAAAGGAAUGAGUUGUUGUGGCUCCCACACAAAAACCUCUAUAAAUUGGGCGCAAAUUAGCCUCCCAUCUCUUCAGCAAAGCCCCAGGCUUAGCAAAACACAAGCAAACCAAAGCUUCCAUCUCUUCUUCCAGUUCAAAGAUCUCCAAGCCUCCAGGAAACUCAAGGCCAGCCUCGCCAUGGCGCCCAACCUCAGCAAGGCCAAGGACGACCUGAUCGGCGACGUGGUCGCCGUCGACGGGCUGAUCAAGCCGCCGCGGUUCACGCUCAAGGGCAAGGACCUCGCCGUGGACGGCCACCCGUUCCUCCUCGACGUGCCGGCCAACAUCCGCCUCACCCCGGCGUCCACCCUCGUGCCCAACUCCGACGUCCCCGCCGCCGCCGCCGGCAGCUUCCUCGGCUUCGACGCGCCGGCGGCCAAGGACCGCCACGUGGUGCCCAUCGGUAAGCUCCGCGACACGAGGUUCAUGAGCAUCUUCCGUUUCAAGGUGUGGUGGACGACCCACUGGGUGGGUACAAACGGCAGGGACGUGGAGAACGAGACCCAGAUGAUGAUCCUAGACCAGUCGGGGACGAAGUCCUCGCCGACCGGCCCUCGGCCCUACGUCCUCCUCCUCCCGAUCGUCGAGGGGCCCUUCCGGGCCUGCCUCGAGUCCGGGAAGGCGGAGGACUACGUGCACAUGGUCCUCGAGAGCGGGUCGUCCACAGUCAGGGGCUCCGUGUUCCGGAGCGCUGUGUACCUGCACGCGGGGGACGACCCGUUUGACCUGGUCAAGGACGCCAUGAGGGUGGUCCGUGCCCACCUCGGCACGUUCCGCCUCAUGGAGGAGAAGACGCCGCCGCCGAUCGUCGACAAGUUCGGGUGGUGCACGUGGGACGCGUUCUACCUCAAGGUGCACCCGGAGGGGGUGUGGGAGGGCGUGCGGCGGCUCGCCGACGGCGGGUGCCCGCCGGGGCUGGUGCUGAUCGACGACGGCUGGCAGUCGAUCUGCCACGACGACGACGACCUGGGCAGCGGCGCCGAGGGGAUGAACCGCACGUCGGCCGGCGAGCAGAUGCCGUGCAGGCUGAUCAAGUUCCAGGAGAACUACAAGUUCAGGGAGUACAAGGGCGGCAUGGGCGGCUUCGUGAGGGAGAUGAAGGCGGCGUUCCCGACGGUGGAGCAGGUGUACGUGUGGCACGCGCUGUGCGGGUACUGGGGCGGCCUCCGCCCCGGCGCGCCGGGCUUGCCGCCGGCGAAGGUCGUCGCGCCGAGGCUCUCGCCGGGCUUGCAGCGCACCAUGGAGGACCUCGCCGUCGACAAGAUCGUCAACAACGGCGUCGGGCUCGUCGACCCGCGCCGCGCGCGGGAGCUCUACGAGGGGCUCCACUCCCACCUCCAGGCCUCCGGCAUCGACGGUGUCAAGGUCGACGUCAUCCAUCUGCUGGAGAUGGUGUGCGAGGAGUACGGCGGUCGGGUGGAGCUCGCGAAGGCCUACUUCGCUGGGCUGACGGAGUCGGUGCGGCGCCACUUCAACGGCAACGGCGUGAUCGCGAGCAUGGAGCACUGCAACGACUUCAUGCUGCUGGGCACGGAGGCGGUGGCGCUGGGCCGCGUCGGCGACGACUUCUGGUGCACCGACCCCUCCGGCGACCCCGACGGCACCUUCUGGCUGCAGGGCUGCCACAUGGUGCACUGCGCCUACAACUCUCUGUGGAUGGGCGCCUUCAUCCACCCGGACUGGGACAUGUUCCAGUCCACCCACCCCUGCGCCGCCUUCCACGCCGCCUCCCGCGCCGUCUCCGGCGGCCCCGUCUACGUCAGCGACGCCGUGGGGUGCCACGACUUCGACCUGCUCCGCCGCCUCGCGCUGCCGGAUGGGACCAUACUCCGGUGCGAGCGCUACGCGCUGCCGACGCGCGACUGCCUGUUCGCCGACCCGCUCCAUGACGGGAAGACGAUGCUCAAGAUCUGGAACGUGAACAAGUUCUCCGGCGUGCUCGGCGCGUUCAACUGCCAGGGCGGCGGGUGGAGCCGCGAGGCGCGGCGGAACAUGUGCGCCGCGGGGUUCUCCGUCCCCGUCACCGCGCGCGCCUCCCCCGCCGACGUCGAGUGGAGCCACGGCGGCGGCGGCGGCGACCGCUUCGCCGUCUACUUCGUCGAGGCGCGGAAGCUGCAGCUGCUCCGCCGCGACGAGUCCGUCGAGCUCACGCUCGAGCCGUUCACCUACGAGCUCCUCGUGGUGGCGCCCGUGCGGGCCAUCGUCUCGCCGGAGCUGGGGAUCGGCUUCGCGCCCAUCGGGCUCGCCAACAUGCUGAACGCCGGCGGCGCCGUGCAGGGCUUCGAGGCGGCGAGGAAGGACGGCGACGUGGCGGCGGAGGUGGCGGUGAAGGGCGCCGGGGAGAUGGUGGCGUACUCGUCGGCGAGGCCUAGGCUGUGCAAGGUGAACGGCCAGGAUGCGGAGUUCAAGUACGAGGACGGCAUCGUCACCGUCGAUGUGCCGUGGACCGGGUCGUCGAAGAAGCUGUCGCGUGUCGAGUACUUUUACUAGUGUGGUUCAAUGCUGGAAAGAGACUAAGACAAAAUUUUCGGUCUUUUUAUUUUUUAUUUUACUUAGGUCGGAAAAUAAUUUGAGUGUGUGAGAGCUUUGUAAGUUGCUUAGCUCUGGUUGGUUUCGGUUGGAUUAUCAUUGUUACGGGUUUUAAACGCUGGUUAAUGUGAAUUAAUGCAACUAUGCAAGUGUUACUUUAUCAA